AUUACAGUUACUGAGUCUGACAGUGGAGGAUACAGCUGCUUAGGUGGAAGAAACUCCACCUGGACAGAGUCGAGUGAUGUCAUCACAUUGAGAGUAAUAGCUCCUCCUGAGCCUACUGUGACCCUGCAGCCAUCCGGGACUCAGAUAUACAGCGGUGUGAUAUACAGAGGUGAGACAGUCACUGUCAGAUGUGAGAUUCAUGGAGGUGAUGGAGCUCAUUGGACGUAUGAAUGGAGUCCAGACAAGUUAAACACACCUCCAACAUCCAGAGAAUACACAAUCAGCGGUGCUACUGAGUCUGAUGGUGGAAGAUACAGCUGCCGGGGCAAAAGAGACUCGUCCUGGACAGAGUGGAGUGACAACAUCACAUUGACUGUAUUAUCUCCUAAGCCCACUGUGACCCUGCAGCCAUCCUGGCCUCAGAUAUACAGCGGUGAGACAGUCACUGUCAGAUGUGAGAUUCAUGGAGGUGAAGGAGCUCAGUGGACGUAUCAAUGGAGGCGAGACCGGUCAAACAUACAUGAAAAAUCCAAGGAAUACAGAAUCAUCAAAGCUACUAAGUCUCAUAGUGGAGGAUACAGCUGCAUAGGAAGAAGGGGAAAUUUCUACACACAGUGGAGUGACAUCAUCUCAUUAUCUGUAUCAUCUCCUCCUAAGCCUGCUGUGUUCCUGCAAUCCUCCUGGACUCAGAUAUACAGCAGUGAGACAGUCACUCUCAGAUGUGAGAUUCAAGGAGGUGAAGGAGCUCAGUGGACAUAUCAAUGGAGACAAAACAACCUGAACAAACCUCCAACAUCCAGUGAAUACAGAAUCAGCAGUGCUACUAAGUCUAACAGUGGAGGAUACAGCUGCCGGGGUAAAAGAGGUUCCUCCUGGACAGAGUGGAGUGAUAUCACCAAAUUAACUGUAUCAUGUAAGUUGGACAUAUUUCACCCUUUUUUAUUUAUAUUGCACAAAGUCUCAUCAAAAACACAACAAAAUACUUUGUCUUUCAAUCUUUUUAUUUUAGUAUCAAAAGUAGCGUAAAAAUAUUUUUUAAGUUUCACACAUUAAUUUCUGUAAAACUGAACUGCACGUCUUUGGACUGCAGGAGGAAGCCUUUGGACCCACACAGACACACACGGGGGAA